CUUUGGUGAAAAUUAACCAAAAAUAUCAGAGAUCUGUGGACAUCUUUGGAAGAAAGGAUGCUUUUUAGUCUCCUGCCCCAUCUCAUCACUUUAUCUUUAUCAGCUUAGUCCAACUAAGAAAAGAGGUUUGUUUCUGAAGGUGGGUCAUUACUUGAAAAAAAUUCUUUGGUCAGACAAGGUCAUUCCAUUAGAUUUAAUUGUCCAGCUUUGAUGGCCUUUGAUACUCCUCUUAUUUAGCAAUAAAGUUAUCAAAACACUUGGGUCAUAUGUAAAUAGAAUUCCUAUUAAGCAAGAGAAGUUUCUGGAAGUAUUUUUCUUAACUGCUUACUUAAUAUAAAAUCGGGUGUCAUGUUUUAUUUUUCAGAACGAAAUAACAUGUUUGGUGAUGAUUCUCGUUUAUCGCAUCUUGUAAAGAGGAUUACCAAAGAGUCUGAACGUGAGCGACGUUUAACUGCAGCUCAACAGUUUGAAGAAUUCCUUAGCACUCCUGAUAAUUAUCAGAUAGUAGACAAGUAUGCAGAGAAUCUAUUUUCAGCCUUAGAAGAUGUGCUGUUUGAAAGGGGACAGCCAGAACUUAAAGAGAAAGUAGCACUAUGUGUUGGUUUGAUUGGUGGAAUUUUAGGCAAUGAGGCUGGAAGGUUUUUUCAGUGGAUCUUUACCAAACUAGAGUCAUCUGUAUCGGAUGAAGUCAAGAUCUUACUGCUUACCGCACUGUCAAAGGCGAUUCAAGUGGACACCAAAAACAAAUGCUUCAGAGAUUUCAUGAUGAACGUCAUGAGCAGCUUGCAGAAUAUCUUGGAAAAUGUGGAUACAUCAGAUUUGCUACGUGCAGCUCUUAAUGUGAUGAUGCCAAUUGCUCUAGACUACCCACAUGCAUUUGCAGGCCACUUCAGGGACACUGUAGACAUCCUUGUUGGAUGGCACAUAGACACUUCACAGCAGAAUUCUCUCACCAGCUACACAUCAGAAAAGUUUUGGUCUAGUCAGUUCAUUAGUGGCUUAAGCAUUUCUUAUGAUGUUACAGAAUGUCUGGUUAAGUUGCAUGACUACUGGGCUUCAGACAUUGCCUUUUCUCUGACACUACUGAGCCAGUUUCUUGAAGAUAUGGAAGCUUAUGCCGAGGAAUUAGGCAUGUUAUCAAACCAAGUUGUGACUUCAGAGGAAAUUCCAUCACCCUAUGUGUCCCUGCCAAGGUUGACGGCACUAGUGAGAGUAUUCACAACAGUUGUUAAUGGCAUAGGACCAAGCUUUUCACCAAACAGGAGCCCUUCCAUCACACCUCCUUAUUUGACAGAGGUGAGAUUAGUGUUCUGGAAAAAAAAAGAAAUGAUUCAUUCUUGUUCUUUGAUAUAGAGACUGAGCUGAGUUACAGUUUUAAUGUAUUGGUCAGAAAGUGUGUUGAUACUGUGGCAUUCGGGUAUAAUUAUACCAAGUAUCUUUAAAGUCUAAGGCCAGGAAACCAUCGUAGCUCUUCUCGCUAUGACCAAUUUUAUCAAUGUCACCUUCAUUUGCUGUGAAUUUCUUUUUUUAAAGAAAAAUGUUAACUGAAGUUUUAGUCAGUGCUUUCAAUAAGAUUUGAAGUAGACAUCUACCAAUAUAAAAGUAGGCAGCUAAGGAUAUAUAGGUGGGCGUAAGGCCACCUUUGCUAGGGCGUUCUGGGGGCUUGCUCCUCCAGAAAAUUUUGAAAUUUAAACCCUGGGAAAUACGAUUUCCAGCUUUCUGGGCAUCAAAGUUAGUUAAGUCGAUGAUGAAUAUAUGCUGGGACCGAUCUUUUUUGCUUGCUGCUUGUAAAUGAUUUAUCUCUGUUUGGGUUACUGAAGUACAUUGGCUUCCUUCACAACUGCAAGUGUGAAAACUGUGAACAGGCUUGUUGAAUGAAUUUCCAAAUGAUGAACAAAUAAAGUCUUUCAUUUGUUUGAUUGAUGGCCCUUUGCAUGGCUCACAACUUUCCAAAAAUUGUGAAAAUGACAAGGUCUUAUCUGUGACUUCAGACCAUACAGUGUUAGAAUCGGUUGGUUGAUUGGCAAAAUUUCAUCAUUGGAAUGAAGCGUUUUGUUUUCUGCAAUUGAAGAAGCUAGUCAUAAAAGGGGAUAAGUGACGAUUUUGGUUGCUUUUCUUUUUUCUUGCUCCA